UUUUGGCUACCAAACUUGUUUUGGUCAAAUGUUUGAAUUUUCGAAGAGUGGUAUCUUCCUUUUUGCUACCAAACUGGUUUUGUCAAAGAUCUGAAUAUAGCUCCUUUUUUUUAAAAUAUAUCGAAGAUCUAAUGUUUUGUUUAACAGAUGGGGUUUCUGGAUCUGUUUUCUGCUGCUUCUACGCCUAUUCUCAAAGUUCUGAUAAUUACUGCACUCGGCUCAAUUCUUGCUUUGGAUUCUGUUGAUAUUUUGGGACAAACUGCAAGGAAGCACGUCAAUAAUGGUGUGUUCUUUGUGUCUAAUCCAGCACUCGUGGCUAGCAAUCUUGCUCAAACAAUCACUCUCGAAAGCAUCAUUUCAAUGUGGUUUAUGCCUGUCAAUAUUCUUAUUACAUUCAUAUUAGGGGCUGCACUUGGAUGGCUGCUUUUGAUCAUCACAAGACCACCUGAACAUCUCAAGGGCCUCAUCUUAGGGACCUGUUCAGCAGGAAACCUGGGAAAUUUGCUUUUGAUUAUCGUCCCAGCUGUAUGCAAAGAGAAAGGAAGUCCCUUUGGUGAUCCUGAUGUUUGUCAUGGGUAUGCCAUGGCGUAUGCUUCACUAUCUAUGGCAAUGGGAUCUUUAUUUGUUUGGACUUUCGUGUACAACCUACUUCGGGUAUUCUCCCAAGAUUCUGGUAACAAUGUUGUCACAGAAGCAGUAACUGAGCAAGAGGAUUUGACUGAAAGCUUGAUUCCAUUAUCUUCAUCUACUUUCAACAUCAAGAAAAAAACGAAGGUGAUGUUAUAUACAGUGAAGCAACAUUUGGGGAACUUUUCAAGAAGGAUUAACUUGAAGUCGUUGUUGGCACCUUCAACCACAGCAGCGAUUGUAGGCCUCGUUGUUGGAAUGGUAGGGCCAAUGCGUAGGCUACUAAUAGGCACAGAUGCUCCUCUUCAUGUGAUCCAAGAUUCUGCAUCCUUAGUAGGAGACGCUGCAAUCCCGACUAUGACAUUGAUUUUGGGUGCUAACCUCUUACGAGGUUUGAAGGGAUCAUCUCGUGUCUCGUUACCAAUUGUGUUUGGAAUCGUAGCAGUUCGGUUAGUUUUGUUGCCACUUGUUGGCAUUUUAAUCGUGAAAGGAGCGAUUUACUUGGGCUUAGUGCAUCCAGAUCCUCUUUAUGUCUAUGUUCUUUUACUACAGUUUGCGGUUCCACCAUCCAUGAACAUUGGUACGAUAACACAAUUAUUUGGAGCUGGUGAAAGUGAAUGUUCGGUGAUUAUGAUGUGGUCGUAUGGUUUGGCGUCGGUCUCACUUACCGUUUGGUCGAUGUUCUUCAUGUGGCUCGUGGCUUGAUUUGUUUCGGUUCAACAACUCAAACAUAGAAAUAUCAAAGAGGUGCACGAAGCAAUGCAAUUGCGUGCAUUACACCAAAUCCAGUCAAAAUACAAAAUCUUUGAUUAUUUUUUUAAUGGUCAAUAAAAUAGCUCGACUUGGAGUUCGUAAGGCUCAAUUCGAAUUCUUUUUUAGGUCUCUUUAACCCCAUGUUAUAUGUAAAGCUAUCUAUGUAAUUAAGGGUGGAAAUUUUGCAAACUUUUGUCAAGUUAUUGGGGCUCAAUCACACUUGAGCUCGUUUCGGUUAGAUUUUGUCAAGCUCCUUAAGCAUGUUUGUUUAAAUGAGCAACAUUUAGUGAAAACUUUCAAACUAUUCGAGCUCCAUUGAGCUCAAAUUUUGUUGGAAUUUUUGUUAGUGGGCUUUAUUUUGUAUUGGGUUUUAUAUUAGCCCAUUAGCUAGGAAACUCUAAUUAGUUGGUCUAUAAAUUAUGUUUUUUUCAUUUAUUGUAUCUAGUACUUUUCAUUUGAUAAUAAUACGAAACCCAAACCGUUUUAUGUUU